GAUAAAAUCAUCACACUUCAGUGAACACUUUGUAUUGAGGUUUUCGAAUCAGUUUUCUGAGUUCAAAAUGUCAGGGCGUGGAAAGGGCGGCAAGGGUUUGGGAAAGGGAGGUGCCAAGAGGCACAGGAAAGUUCUCCGUGAUAACAUCCAGGGCAUUACUAAGCCCGCCAUUAGGCGUUUGGCCAGGAGAGGAGGUGUCAAGCGUAUCAGUGGCUUGAUUUAUGAAGAAACCAGGGGUGUUCUCAAGAUCUUCUUGGAGAAUGUCAUAAGGGAUGCUGUCACCUACACUGAACAUGCUCGCCGCAAGACUGUGACGGCCAUGGAUGUGGUCUAUGCCCUUAAGAGGCAGGGCAGGACUCUCUACGGUUUUGGCGGUUAAAUUUCUGGUUGUGGGAGGAUCUUCUGUGUUCGGCAGCUCCUUUCUUGUUUUUGGUGUUUCUAAACACCACCACUAUUGUGGAAAUUUUUGUGAAACUCUUUAGAUGUUGGGUAAUCAAAUGAGAAAGUACAGCUGGUUGGGGCCUUUUUAUUUUGGAAUGGUUGUUCUUACUUUUUAGAGUAUUUAGGGUUUUCAGUUUAGUAAACGUUAUGGAAUCGAGCCGAAUGGAUGGAUUGCAGCGGUUGCUACUCCAUGGAUCCCAUGUGAAGCUAAUGUAGUCUUUAGUUGACUUAAUUUGUUAGGAGGGGUCUUUUUUGAGGAAGAUGCUGUGUUGUAGCAGGUGCCUUGAAUUAAAGAAAACACAGUGGACAUAUUUCCAACGGUA